AUGGCCGACGUUCAAGUGCUUUUUGGUGGGAAAGACUUCAUUAUCGAGAAGGUCGACUACUCGUCUGCUGACGCAACUGGGGUUGUGGUUUCCAUCGUUAUCUCAUGGUUCUCCGGCACCGCAGUCGUCGUACUUUUGGCAAUCCUUGCUAUUUCUGCAUGGAACACUCGUAAAUCGGUCAACCCUCAUCUCUUCAUGCGCAGUCAUACCGCAGCCUACUUUGUGUCGAUGCUAUGGUGUGACCUCAAUCAGUCCUUCGGUUCAAUCCUUAAUAUCCGUUGGGUGAAUAUGAAGGCGGUCGAAUACGGGCAUUAUUGCGCAUUCCAAGGCUUUAUCAAACAAAGUGCAGACGUGUCUAUGUCCAUGUGGUCGUUGCUGAUCGCACUGCACACAUUCUUGGUUGUCUUUUUGAGAUGGAACAUGCCGAAGUGGGGGUUCUAUGGAAUGUUUGCAUUCGGUUGGGGCAUGGUUCUUCUGAUGGUCACGAUUGGCAAUGCUGGAUAUAAGAAGGAGUUAGGACCGUUCUAUGGUAUUUCUGGUUACUGGUGUUGGAUUUCAAACAACUAUGGCGCAGAGCGUAUAACGCUGGAUUAUAUGUGGAUGUUCCUGUCCGCUGGUCUCAGUUUUAUAUUAUAUGCUCUUGUCUACCUCAAUAUGCGUGGCAAUGUUACUACUCGUGGCAUACAUUUUCGUCGUCAUUCCGUGGCAGCAAAUCAAGUUGAUAGUAAUGCUACAGCAAUUGCGAAGCAGAUGCUAAUAUAUCCUGUGGCGUUCACACUUCUGAUCCUGCCCAUUGCUAUCUGCCGCUUUCUUGAGUGGUCCAAUCAUCCUGUUUCUGAUGCUGCUAGUUCAUUCAGUGACUCUGUCUUCCUUUUGUCAGGGCUUGUUGAUGUCACUUUGUUUGCAAUCACCCGUCGCGUCCUUCCGGAGCAUAGUGUACUCCCCAGGUCGAUUAGUCUGCGCCGCAGUUUUCGAAGGAAGAAAUCUGACUCUGAGGGUGAUGAGCCAGACCUCGAGAAGGGUGAUGUUCCAGAGACGGACUUGGAGGGUAACCCCAUUAACGUGGAGCUUGGCGAUGGCGUCUUCAAACGACCGGAUAGCCCAGACUCGGAGCACGAAGACAAUCAAGUGACCAUUCGUGUCGAAUCCGUUGUUAUAGACCGCAUCUAUAUACAACCCAAUCAUACUCACGAGGAUUCGCAAGCACCGCCUGGUUUGCCACCGUCCAUUCCCCAGGCCCACGCUGACGAGGUUGAAGUCCAGAGUCCCAUUCGGAGCCCCCGAAGGAGCAUGACGGCGCUUGAAAACGAGGACUCGCAUCGCGCUUAUGAAGCGCACCACAGCGCCCUGCUCCACUUCCACGAGAGCGCGCGACGAAGUCCGACGGAGAGCAGCCAGUAUACCGAAGACGACGAAGAUCGCUCGUUGCCCAGUCCGAUCCAUAGUCCACGUACUGCUCCCCUUCCCCAAUACUUCGGAACGCCUCGCAGUGCUACCUUCCCAGUGGUCCGGAACUCUGGCAGCCCACGAUCGGUCAACUUCCCCAUGAGUGGUAGACUGCCUCCCUCCAAUAGUCCCUGGCGGUGA